AUGGGGGAUAUUGAGAAUGGUAAAAAGAUUUUUGUGCAGAAGUAUGUCCAGUGCCACGCUGUUGAGAAGGGGGGCAAGCACAAGACCAGACCCGUUCUGAGCGGGCUCUUUGGCCACGAGACUGGUCAGUCUCCCAGAUUCUCUUACACAGAUGCCAACAAAAACAAAGGUAUCACCUGGGGAGAGGAUAUAUUGAUGGAAUACUUGGAAAACCCCAAGAAGUAUAUCCCUGGAACAAAAAUGAUCUUCAUGGGCACUGAGAAGAAAGCAGAGAGGGCUGACUUGAUAGCAUACCUUAAAAAGGCUACCAAUGAGGAAUAG